GUAGUGUGCACUUUGGCUCUGUUGUUGCUUUGUAAUUUGAUCUUUGAUCCCAGCAAUUGUAGUAAAGCUAAACGAAAUGUCAAGUCACAGUGCUUCAUCCUCAAGUGACAUUUCAGUCGACCUAACCGAUGCCUUUCGAAGUAUGAUACUGAACAAGCGUUUCGUGUUGUGGGAUGAUUUUGAAAGUGCCUUAAAAGAGUUCCAAAAAACUACUUAUACUCGUUACAUCCACACAGAAAGCAGAUUGUUGAAGGAUGUCAGGUUCAGAUACCUGUUUGUAUCGUUUAAUUGUACGUUUGGUCACAAACGGAAAUCGGAAGGUUUGAAAGUGAGGCAAAAAUCGUCUAAAUUCCGUAAUUGUCAAUCUAAAUUCCGUGUAAGACUAGAAGAGCAAGGAUAUGUCAUCAAAUCCUACAAGAUGAUACACAAUCAUCCAUGUAGUAGUUCAUGGAUGGUAUGUGAUCCAUGGACAAGGAGAUUAUUGUCGGAAGAAAAAGAGAACUUGAAGCCCGUAAUACUUCACUGUGAGUCAGCAGACGAAGUUAUCGAAAGUAUUAAGGAGAGAACUGGUAAGCAAGUAACUGCUGCCGAUGUCAAAGCUAUGAAAGCUACACUCUCCACUGGUUGUUGUACUCGGAAGCAAGUAAUGGAUAUGCUUAGACAAAAAGGAGAAGUGAGGGAGCAUUUAGAAAAUGGAUAUGCGACGAGAAUAUGUUUCAGUAGUUAUAACCAAAUACAACUCUAUAGGAAAUAUCCAGAAGUCGUGUGCAUUGAUUCUACGUAUAAUACUAAUAAUAAAAAAUAUUCCUUAUUCCAGAUAGUGGUGACGGAUAAUUUCGGUCGAGGUCGAACUGUAAUGUUUGCGUGGACUAGGAGGGAAAAGCGUUCCGAUGUGAUAUGGAUUUUAGAUCAAUUCAAAGAGGUAAUGGGUGACACAAUGUUGACUGAAACAUUUGUGAUGGAUUGCGCACGAUGUGAAAGCGCGGCUGUCCGUAUAACACACGGACAUGCAAGCAUAAUUUUGUGCGCCUUUCAUGUAAUUCGCGCUUUCCGUAAAAAGACAAACGACAAAAUAUUGAAAACGUACUUAACUAGAUUGGUAACUGCAGAGACGGUUGGAAGAUUUAAUCAAUAUUACAGAAUAAUCAAUCGGCGGGACAGAUCGAUAGGUCAGUACCUGUCACGUUAUUGGAUGGCACGUAAGACAAUGUGGGCCCGUGCCUUUUACGGUGAUGUUUUAACAUUGGGUAACAGCACAAAUAAUCGUGUUGAAUCGCUAAAUCGGCAAGUAAAACGAUAUGUACGAAAAAGUGACAGUCUGUACAAAUGUAUGUACAAGGCUUUAAAAUGGAGUGAAAUGAUGUCAACUAGAAGAAGUGUCGAAGAUCAAUUGAUAGCCGGAAGAUAUUAUAAAUAUAAUGCUCCACAACGUUUAAUACCCUUGCUAAAUAUUUUGACGCCAUUCGCAAGAUCUAAAGUGUUAUACGAGCUUAAACAAAUGCGUUUUGUCUACGUAGAAUAUGAAAGCGGCGACUGGUUGUUCAUGGUUGACCGUGGACAACAUUAUGAAGUCGAUAUAAGCAUUUGUCAAUGCAAUUGUAGCAUGUUUAUGAUGUGUCGAUAUCCCUGCCGUCACAUGCUACUUGCCUACGUUAAAAGAAGAAAUCUUACAGCUCAUCAACUUCUUAGGUAUUGUAGCAGAUGGAAGUUACACAAUACCCAGAACUUCUAAAAUUAUACAUUAACUGCAUUACCACGACGGAGUGAAGAGUAUGUAAGUAUUCAACGCAGCCAAAGAAUCCAUAAACAUCGCAUCAUUGAGAAGUAUGGUGAACGCUUCGCAACAGAAGUUGAGAAGAAAGUUGACAAUUAUUACUUAAGAAUUCUUAAUACCAACUUGUAAACUUGAUUUUCUGCUUUAGCAGCAAUGAUUCUUCAAUAAACUUUCAUAAUUUCAA